ACUCAAGCGGGCCAAUCCAACAAAGCCUCAUUUUGAACGGAGAAACCAUUCAAUCCCAAAAAAUAAAAACCCAAAUACAAAGAGAAACAUAAGGGUUUAGCGCCAGGGUUUGCCUCUCCACAAUCUCUUUCUUUUCACGGUUUAGUUCUUCAAUCUACAAACGGAGUUUUUUCCAGUGUAAUCCAAGGCAUUUCCAGGUUUAUGAUCCCAUUUCGUUGUAAGAACUCAAACCCGAACAUAUUUUUUUCUAUUUAUUUACUUCCUCAACAAUUUAGCUUUGAAUUUGUACUGCCAAAAAGCUUGCUUGAAGUGGGUUUUAUUCGUUUUCUGCCAUAGUUUUUGUUGUUUCUUUCGUUUCUUUAUACUAUUUGCUAUUGCAAUCUCAAUUACCUUUUGAUUAUACAUAGAAAUGACUUGAAAAACCUGUUACUUGAUUUUAUCAGCUCCAAAUGCAUCGUUGCCUUGCUAUAUUCACCCACAAGAUUCUAACUAAUUCCAACCUUAUCACCACUACAACCACCAGUACUUUUUUGUACUCUCAAUCUAAUACCUUGAACCCUAGGAUUAAUGGGUUUGCUUUAUUUCGCUUACUUUCAUUUACUCCAAUGCACCGCCGUGCACCGGAUCCGGAUGAUCCAGCCACCUUGAUAAAGGAAGAUGGUGUCUCAGUUUGCUCCCACAUGUGGAUUGAGAAUUUCCGUGAACCUGAUAGGAUAGUGAAUAAUUUGACCUUUUAUAUCCGACGCUUCGAAUUGUGGGUUUUGGCUUACCAAAAAGUGUGUGCUGACGAGAUGGGGGCAUAUAUGCCCCGUAGUGCAAUAGAAAGGUCUGCGCUGGAGGAUUUAUUAGCACUUAGAAAUGCAGUUCUUGAUGAUAAAUUUAAAUGGGGUGCAAGGCUGCAGUUUUUUAUAAAGUCUCCAAGGGAUAAGACAGAUUAUGAGUCUUUGUCGAAGAGAAAGAUUAAGGCUAUUUUGACAACCACACAACCAGCUCCGUUUCAGGAUAAGAUUGUUCAGGAGGUUUUGCUUUUGAUCCUUGAGCCAAUAUAUGAAGCAAGAUUUUCACAGAAGUCAUUUGCAUUUAGGCCUGGUAGGAAUGCUCAUACAACAUUAAGGGUAAUUAGGAGGAAUUUUGCUGGCUACUUAUGGUAUAUAAAGGGAGAUUUAAGUACAGUUUUGGAUGGCAUGAAGACAGGGUUGGUGAUAAGUGCUUUGAUGAGGGAUGUGAGGGACAAAAAAGUGAUUGAUUUGGUAAAGGCAGCUUUGACUACGCCAGUGAUCACGAGUCGUGUGGAAGAGCCAAAGAAGAAGAAAAAGAGGAAGUAUCAGAAAAAGAGGGUGUUGGCAGAAGAUGAACCAAAGCCAGAUCCAUAUUGGUUAGAGACCUUUUUUGGUUUUGCACCUGAGGAGGCAGAGAAGGUUCCUUCUUGGGGGCAUUGUGGGAUUCUUAGUCCCCUUUUAGCUAAUGUUUGCCUUGAUGAAUUGGACCGAUGGAUGGAGGGUAAGAUUAAGGAGUUCUACUGUCCUUCAAAGACUGAUGUCAUAUGGAAUAGUCCAGAAGGGGAAGCAGAACAGGGAAAUACAUCUUGGCCAGAAUUCGUGCCUACAAGUGGACCAGACAAGACGCGGAAAAUGGAUUAUAUAAGACAUGGGGGUCAUAUUUUGAUUGGUGUUCGGGGACCUAGGGCAGAUGCAGCUACAUUGAGAAAGCAAUUGAUCGAGUUUGUUGAUAAAAAAUACUUGCUCAAGCUUGAUAAUGAGAGCCUCCCCAUUGAACAUAUAACUAAGGGUAUAAUGUUUCUUGACCAUGUUUUGUGCCGAAGAGUUGUGUAUCCAACCCUUCGGUACACUGCCACGGGUGGGAAGAUCAUCAGUGAAAAGGGUGUUGGUACUCUUUUGUCAGUCACAGCAAGCUUGAAACAAUGCAUUAAGCAAUUCAGGAAGUUGAGCUUUCUAAAGGGAGAUAGAGAUCCAGAUCCACAACCUUGCUUUAGAAUGUUCCAUGCCACUCAAGCUCACACGAACGCGCAAAUGAACAAGUUUUUAUCAACAAUGGUUGAGUGGUAUAGGUAUGCUGACAAUCGGAAGAAAAUUGUGAACUUCUGUUCUUACAUUAUAAGAGGUUCACUUGCAAAGCUUUAUGCUGCAAAAUACAAGCUUCGUUCACGUGCAAAGGUAUAUAAGAUUGGUGCUCGGAAUCUGAGUCGUCCUUUGAAGGAGAAAAAAGGAUCAUCACCUGAGUACCACAACUUGCUAAGAAUGGGCCUUGCUGAGUCAAUCGAUGGGCUUCAAUAUACCAGGAUGUCUCUUGUGCCUGAGACUGACUACACCCCAUUUCCAAAUAAUUGGAGACCUGAUCACGAGAAAUCACUGCUUGAAUAUAUAAGGCUGGAGGAUCCAAAAACACUGGAAGAGCAACGAUAUUGCAUUAGGGAACUGGGUCUGGUUUCACCUCAAGACUACAUUUCAAUGCUUGUUUGGAACUACAAGAGAAAUGCUAUUGCGAUGGAUCAGCUUUCCCUUGUAAAAAGUGGUAACACAGAGAAGGAGCGGCAGUUAUUGCUGACUGCUAAUUAUGAGAACCAUGCUCAGAAAAGCAACGAAGAUGAGGAACAUGAAGAAGGGUUUCAUGUGGCCGAAAUGUAAGAUGAUUUGUGUACUCUGCUUGAAAGGCAAAGUGUUUUGUAAGUGUGCUUCAUACUGUUUAGACGAAGCUAAGCAGAAUGAUAUUUUUUUUGCAAUUAGUUAAAACUGCAGACCUUGUAUAAAUUCAAAUAUAUUUAUUCAACUUUAAUGUCAGAAGAUGCAACUGAAUUGGCGAA